UGUGCUGCUACCACUUCCUGUGUUAAAUGAUUGCUCAACUUAAAGGCAGACAGUGUUCCUAAGAAUAGGUUCAGUUCAGUUUGUCAAGAUGGCUGCAGAUACUGUCGCUGCGCCACGUUUGAGCUUGAAUGUGAGAUAUAACAGAAACGUUGAAGAGAACAGCGGAGAGGAAGAGGAGAAGCAGGUGGAGAUCUUAGAGGAUGAAGAGGAUUACGCUGAACUCGAGCCACAAAGAGCCAGACCACACAGUCCUGCAGCCAGCAACAGAAGGAGCUUCAGAGCUACUGCAGUGGCUCUGGGAGGGUUUUAUCUUCUGGUAUUGGCUGGACUCUUCAUUCGCUUCACGUUGCUGCAGACCAGAUACGACCAACUGAGCACCAACUACAGACAGAUCCAGAGGAAAGUUUCCAACAUAUCCGUCGAAAAAAGUCAGUUACAGGAUGAAGUAAAGGAGCUGAAGUGCAGAAUUAAAGAGAAGCUGUGUCCUGACGGAUGGACGGGUUUUGGAUGCAGUUGUUACUUUAAAUCUAAGAAGGAGGACUAUUGGUAUGGACGUAGAGAUGACUGUGAGCAGAGAGGAGCACAUCUGGUCGUCAUAAACAACGAAGAGGAACAGAAGUUUGUAACUGAGCUGAGUAAGGAUGGACAGUACUGGAUUGGUCUACAGAAGGAACAGAGCCAAGGAGAACAGAACCCAGGAGAAUGGAAAUGGGUCGACGGAUCACCGCUGACAGAAACGUUCUGGGCAUCAGGACUGCUUCACAAUGGUGGUAACUUUAACGCUGCAACAUGCUGCGAUCAACAAGGAAAGUGGACACAAAGAAGAUUUAAUGACUAUAAGAAGUGGAUCUGUGAGAAAAAGAUUCUCUGAAUUCUGUGAUGACAGAGGGGUGUGUAGUGUUGGGAUCAGCUUUGUCAAAUCAGACUGGUCUGCAGCCAUUUGAAACCAGAAGGCCACAAAUGUGGUUGGGACCUAAGCCUAAAGGGUCUUACAAAUGUCAACACUACAAUCAUUGUACAAAUGUAUUACAGACCAAAACCGUUGGUGAUGUUGUAUCUCAAAAACUAUUUACCAUUAAUCAUUUCAUAAACUGUAACACUGUAUUUGUUAUAUAUAGACUGGAAUGCCCUGACUCCAAAGUGUUUUAUAUAGGAAGAACAAAGAGACGUCUGCAGGACAGAUUGGCUCAACAUAAAUAUGCAAUCCGCACAGGCAACAUGAACUAUUCCAUGGCGAGGCACUACAGGGAACACCAUUAUAGUGACCCAUCUACCGUACAGGCCUGUGGGAUUGAUCAUAUACCCCUGUCAAUAACGAAAGGGGACAGGUAAAAACAACUAAACCAAAGAGAAAGUUUCUGGAUUGACAAACUGCAGGCCACUAGCCAUCUAGUGGUCUUUGUAUAAUUCUACAACCAUAAACCAGCCGGCUUCUGAUUGGUGGUUUGAAAGCUUAUAAGAAAGUCUUUUCCUGUUUUUAAAAAUUGUUGACGAAGGCUUGUGUGGCGAAACACGUCGGAGUUGUUUUUAAAGGUUUAAGAUGACUAAACCAUAACAAUAAAGGCUUUUUGAUUUUU